AAUCGAUCGGCCUCGGGUAUGCAAGCUUCAAAAAUAUUUUGUAGAUUUUUCUUCAAUCUAAAGCCGUUUCGAUCGUGUCGAAGGUCAGUUCAUAGGCUUUAUGUACCCAAAUGCGAAAGGACUGGUCAAGAACUUGAAGAAGUUGUAAAGAAAAUCGACCAUCAUAUCGAAAGCAGUCGACGUUUGUUCGUAAUAACCGGAGCGGGCAUUUCCACGGAAUCUGGGAUUAGGGAUUAUCGUUCCGAAAAUGUUGGUUUAUACGCAAUCAGCGAAAGCCGACCAAUCCAGUAUGCCGACUUUCUAAACAGCGCCGCAAAUAGAAAGAGGUAUUGGGCAAGGAACUAUGUUGGCUGGGAAGAAUUUUCAUCAAGAGAACCGAAUAGAGGCCAUUUUGCCUUGGCAGAGCUCGAGGAAAUAGGCAAAAUGCAUUGGCUAGUGACGCAAAAUGUGGACGCUCUGCACACCAAGGCUGGUUCUCAAAGGGUUUCAGAGCUUCAUGGUUGUGCACACAGGGUUACUUGCCUAGGGUGUAAUGAGCUGACUUUGCGGAAUGAUCUCCAACAAAGAAUUAAAGAACUUAAUCCUUUCUGGGAGGCUACUGCAAGUGGCCAUGCACCUGAUGGAGACACCUUUCUCUCAGAUGAUGAAGUCAAGGACUUUGUUGUACCUACUUGCCUUAACUGCGGUGGUAUUCUUAAGCCUCAUGUUGUAUUUUUUGGUGACUCUGUUCCUAAACCAAUGGUGUCUUCAAUUCAAAAACGCUUAGAAGAAUCUGAUUCAGUUUUAAUCAUAGGAUCUUCAGUUGAAGUGCAUUCAUCAUAUCGCUUUGCUGAUGCUGCCUGGCGGCAAAGCAAGCCCAUAGCGAUUUUGAAUAUUGGUGCAACAAGGGCUGAUAGGUUAGCCGCAGUCAAAGUGUCAGCUAUUGCUGGAGAUGUUUUACCAAGACUAAAAAUUCUGUCACAUGGUUUUAAUCUGAACUGUUCCUGAAAAUUUAUAAAACUGAUAAUAUUUUCUCUCUAAAAUGUAACAUGAGUGGCAGGUCUAGUUUAGAAUGAUCAUCAACAAGAUCCAUGUGAAAACUGUUCCUACCCAUUGCCAGGCUAACCCUUUAACUCCCAGAAGUGAUUGACAAGGAACCUCUCCUCUCAAUAUCCAUAUUUUAUCCAGCAAACAGGUAAUGAGAAAUUAUUCUCAAACCUAUCAGUUAGAUGCAAUCUUGAUCUAACACCAAAUCCUUGUGACUAAUUUACAAGGAAAUGAGUAGCAGCUAGAGGGGAGAAUUAACAAUCAGAUCUGGGGAGUUGAAGGGUUUAGUGGCAUAACUCACUGUUCCAGAUAAGAGACGGGUCUCGGGUCAAAUACGCGACGGCAACCGCUACCUGACCCGACUCUGACUAAAAGGAAAAUCACCUAAAGUACUCAUAUAAAUUAAAAUACUAUAAUUACGAAAGAAAACAAAAGUAAAUAAAAGAGUGAAGUUUCUAAUGAAAAACAAUUGAAAAAAAAUAACUAAUACAAGAUAUCAAGGAAAAGAAGUUUGAAAAAACAACUCUACAAAUUUCCAAAGGCGACUUACACUUGCGAAUCAUUUGGUCCUCUGUUAAUUUAGCAAAUAAAAAAGAACGUGCCCCUGAAAUAAAAAUUGCCUUGCUGU